CAGCAGAGGUCACUCCACACCAGCCGAUGGCGGUAAUACACCAAAAACACUUUGCCCACCGACGCAAAAUACGAAGAAGACAGAUUCGCCAAAGAAGAAGAAUCCGGCGAUUUUCGUGAUUUUUUCGGGAACCAGAUUCAAAAGCUUUGAGUGACUCGCGGUGGCCCUGUGCUCAGUUACCGGUAACUGGUGGAUGGAUGGAUGGAAGAGGUAUUGGAGAAGUUGAUGCUGUAGGUCCUGUGACUUUGCAUGGAGGAUGUGGUCCUGCACUAUCGUCCCGGAGCUGCAGAGGACCUUGGUGCUCUGUUGGAAAGGACGGAGAGGCUUCUCCAGCCAUUCCCUUGUCGUUCUACACCUAUUUUCACACCUUGGUUCCCCACAGACAGACAGCUGCCCAUCAGACCUGCAAAGCCUGCUCCUAUAAUCUCCAUCGAUGACAGGUGCUCUCCACUGUUCACUCACAGAAAUGAAGACAUAACUGGAGCUCCACCCGAGAAGAUAAGAGAGUCAGCCUCUCCGGACUGCCAAAAUCAAGAGCCUUCUCGUGGGGGUGCAUUACACCAAAACCCUGUUGAUAGCAAGACACCCGAAAAUAGAGCUUGUUUUGCGGAAAGACAUUCUCCUUCAGUACAUUUUUGGAAAGAACAGAAUAUUGCACCAUUGUCCUUUGGGAAACACGAUGAAGCCCUCUCUGUCAGGCAAAAAAGGUCAUGGAUCAUCUUCACACACAAGCAUGGCGAUCUUCCGAGUUCAAAGCACCUCUCCAAACACUUCCGUCACAUGGUGUCCACACAUAGGCUCCACCUCUGUCAAAGAGCCAAGUGGAUUAUCAAGAAGUGCAAUUGUGGCUCAUCACAAGACAUUGAAAAGGUGUGGAAGGUUGUCAGCAGAUCUGCCCAGCGCUGCAGGUUACCUACAUGUCACGCCAACUUCCAGAGACAGUUACAAGAGAUCUGGGUGUACUGUGACGUUCUUGAUGCAGAGCUGGUGGGGUCCUUCCUUAAAGAGCAUCUGCAGCUUUCGGGAGAAAUCAAAUUGUGUGUGCACAAAAUAGGAAACAUCUACAGCAUGUAGAAGAGUGAAGAGGCGCAGUGAAAACUAUCAAGCAACCGACAACCCAACAUAUUUCAACCUGGACUUGCCUCUGGAUGUGAACCAAUGUGCUAUAUAUAUAUAUGUGUCACUGGCUGCUACUUCUGGAUAAAUGCACCCAUUGAGUCACAUGCCAAAUCAUAGAGAGACAGCUGUGCUUCUGUGGGCACUGGGCUUGAUUCCCACCUGCUAAGCCAUUUUGCUGUAUUCCGUGGAACGGCCUUGUGUAGUAUGUCUCUGCAGCUAUGAGGGUAUCUGGAGAGUUGUUCCUGGCAGUUUCUUGCAGAAAUCCACAAGGACAAUGGCAAUAAACACGCAGUUAUUGCUGCUAUGUUUUUUAGUAGAGCGUGGAUGACAAAAGCAUCCAAUAAAAUGUUAUGAUCAUGAAAUUGGGCAGCCAAAUGUACAUGGAAGAUAUGACGGGAGGAUUACUAAUUGAUCCCAAUCCAAGCCUCGUUUAUUACAAAUAUGUGUGGUUGUGUGUUAUUUCUAAAAGUGCUCCUGAGAUGGGUGGCAUGAAUGUUUUAAGAAAUGUCUAUUAUUGAUGUGAAAAGGGAGGUGUAUUCCUUUUGUCAGGCUGUUUUUCGAAUCUGUUAAUUAUAAAUGAUUUUGAAGAUGGCGUUUGUUUUUUC